AUGGCUUCUAAAGAAAAAGAAGUUUCAAGCUCGACUAAUUCUGAUGCUUCACCUAACAAUAGCAACAGUCAAAAAGAUUCUUCCCAAUUGAGUGAUUCCUUCCAUACUAUUGUAGAUUCUCUGAAUCUAUUAUCAGCACAAGAGGACAAAAUUUUAAAGAACGAGGACAAGAAAAGAGCAUUUGAUAGUAGUAGCCUUUUCGAGGAAACUGCCUCUGAGUCCCGUGCUUCAUCACAUGAUUUUGAUACACCGGUUUUAAAGAUUAACACUCAGACUAAUUCAGCAGUGAAUAAAAAUGUCUCAUCUCCUCAAUUGUCAUCAUUUUCUUUUAAACCAAGUGAUAGAAAGGAACGUAAACUUUAUAAGAUUAUGCAUAAAAAAAAUACUGAUAAUUCGGGACUUCAACAUGAUCCAUUAACAGAUACAUCACAAUCAUUACCGGCACAAAAGACUUCUAAACCUAGACAAAUUCCUUUUGGUUCGUCUAAAGUAACCCGUGGGAGAAAAAAAAAAUCGACGAACGAUGCUAUUUUAUCAAAAAACACCAAUCAACCAUUAAACUCACCUGGCUUAUUUUCUGAUAAUCGAAUCUUUUUCAUUCCAAACAAUAUUGAUAAAGUUCGUUUGAGAUUGUUAAAACAAAAAGUAAGAGACGAGGGUGGGCAAGUCGUCGAAGAUGGAUUUGAUGCCUCUGUAACUCACGUGAUCACUUCUUUGGAAGGUCAAAGAGUUUUGGAAAUUUUGGGAAUUAAUGAUAAUAAUAUUCCUCAGGAUGUAUUUAUAGUCGAACCAAAUUGGAUAUCACAAUGUUUAAUGAGAGGUGAACUCACAGAUGUAAGGCCAUACAUUGUACAAACGUCAGACACCCAACCAUUGGAACAAAGUGAUAAAAGAAUUCAUGAUUCAAUUAGUGACAAUGACGGAAAUAAAAAAAAUAAUCGUCCAAAAAAGAAACAAAGGCAAGACUCCUUGUCACCAAAAAUGCGUUCUCCUUCUCCGUCUUUAGAAAUCCAGGAAUCUUCAUCUAAGACUAUCAACACACAAGACGAUGAUCCUUUAUUGGAAAUGAUCGCAGAGACCAAAUGUCUUGCAGAAGCGGGUUUUCUACUGGAUGAUGAUGACGAUGACGAUUCUCGUAGUAUUCAAGGCAGUAAAAUGUCUGAUUCAGAAGAUGAAAUUCUUGUGUCAUCAAUGCAGGACAAGACAAAUAAUCCGAAUCAAUUGAUAAUUGACAAGCUCCAAGUGUUAUUGAACCAUUAUCGACGAAUGAAAGAUGAAUGGCGGACUUUAAGUUAUCGAAAAGCGAUUUCUGCGAUAAAAAAGCAAAAAGACCCGAUUACCUCUUAUGAGGAUGCCAUAAAAAUUCCCGGCAUAGGACAUCGCACUGCUGAAAAAAUUGCAGAAAUUGUCAAUACCGGAAAUUUAAAACGAUUACAACAUUUUUCUGAAAGUGACGAAGUAGUUAAAAAAUUCGGCGAUAUUUUUGGUGUAGGUGCGUUUACCGCUAUGAAAUGGUAUGCAAAAGGUUACAGAACUUUCGAUGAUAUUAUUAAAAACGUUGAUUUAACGCAUGCCCAACGUAUUGGAAUUGAAUACUUUGAUGAACUUCAAGAAAAAAUUCUACGAGAUGAAGUAACAGAAAUCUCAAACCGUGUAAAAGAAGCGGCUUAUAAGGUUGAUCCCGAUUUAUUAUGUAUCCCUGUUGGAUCUUAUAUAAGAGGCCAACCUACUUGCGGAGACAUUGACAUUUUAAUAACUAAAAAAAAUGAUGGAGAUGGAAAAAUAAAUUAUGGUGCUUUUUCAAAGUUGCUCGCUAUUUUACACGAAGAAGGGCUACUAACGCAUGACCUCACACAGCCUCAUGGUAAAGAAAAGGUUUCAUCAAAAUAUUAUGGUCUAUGCAAGUUGCCAGGUGGAAAACAUCAUCAAAUAGAUUUUUUCAUUGUGCCAUUUAAUGAAUUAGGGGCCGCAUUACUAGCUUAUACAGGUAAUGAUAUAUUUAAUCGAAGUAUAAGAUUGCUCGCGAAGAAAAAGAAAAUGAAUCUAAACCAUCAUGGUUUAUAUAAAAAUGUUUCUCGGAGUCACGGUAAAAGUGAAGGAGUUUUAAUUGCUCAAAGAACUGAAAAGGAAAUAUUUGAUGGUUUAGGAAUUCCAUGGCGCCCGCCAAGCGAAAGAAAUUUUUGA